AUUUAAUCUAAGACAGUUAUUUCAGGCUUUGUCUCUCUUUCUAUUAAAAGUAUUUUCCGGGCUUUAAUAGCCUAUAAGCUGCCUGAUUUUUGGGGAUGCCGCUUGGGCCGUCCGGUUCUCCAUCUCCCCGUGUCCUCCACCUCUAGAGGUGCGCGAGCCUGGACCGGAGGAGGAGAGCGACGGGGCGGGGGGCGCGAGGCGGAGCGGCGCUCUGCAGUACAGUCUCCUCCGAGCAUCACUCCGCAUUCAGCGCUCCUUGAUGCUCUCACGUCCGACGCCAACGACUGUGGUAUCGAUAUGACGAGAGUAGGAAACGUGACGACCAUGGCGAUCAUCUAGCCGUAGCGUGUGGGAUUAUUGCGUUGCCUUUCGUUCUUCUGAAGGAGCUCUUUGUUUUAAGCCUCGGAGCCCCCCAGUAACGAGAUUUUUUUAAUGGAAAAAUGGCGACAGGCAAACAGUCUUCUAGCUUGGUCGUCUGCCUGGUCUCCAUCCAGAUGAUCUUCUUGAUUCUGCUGGCGUCCCGGCCUGGAUCCGAGGCGCUCACCUUCCCUCAGCAAUACACGAUCAUGCACUGGGGAAGGAGGAUUGAGCAGGAGAUUGACAGAGUGUUCCAGCACAUCACUGGAGCCCAGCAGCUGAAAGGGAUAUAUAAUGAAAAGAGACGACAAUUUAGCUUGGUGAAGAAUCAACCCCGCGAGAUUGUAGAGAAGGUGGCGUCUGACAUAGAAAAGCUUCUGGCUAAGAAGCGCAAAGCUCUGGAUCGGUUAGCUAGCGAGGCCGAGCGCCUCCAGAGAGAACAUCUCUGGCAGGAUGGUAUCAAGGAGUUGGACAUGGCUUAUUAUGAUUCAAAGGCAGAGCUGGACUACUACUCAAUGGAUGGCGAUGGGGACAUGGAAAACCCGUCCCAUAUCAAGCUGGAAUUUGUCUACGAUCCAAACUUCAAAAACAACGUCAACUACUCCUACACUGCAGUUCAGAUCCCUACAGACAUCUACAAAGGAGCCCCUGUCAUCCUGAACGAGCUGAACUGGACACAGGCCCUGGAGAAGGUGUUCAUGGAGAACAGCCGGGAGGACCCCUCGCUGCUCUGGCAGGCCUUUGGCAGCGCUACGGGGGUCACCCGCUACUACCCCGCCACACCCUGGAGAGCUCCUGAUAAGAUCGACCUCUACGAUGUCAGGCGCCGGCCCUGGUACAUUCAGGGGGCAUCAUCACCAAAAGACAUGGUUAUUCUGGUCGAUGUGAGCGGAAGUGUGAGCGGCCUGACUCUGAAGCUCAUCAAGGCCUCGGUGAUGGAGAUGCUAGACACGCUGUCUGACGACGACUACGUCAACGUGGCAAGGUUCAACGAGAAGGCAGAGGCUGUGGUCCCCUGCUUCAAACAUCUGGUCCAGGCCAACAUACGCAACAAGAAGAUCUUCAAGGAUGCGGUGCAGCAAAUGCAAGCCAAAGGCACGACUGAUUACAAGUCAGGCUUUCAUUUUGCCUUCAACCAGCUGUUGAAUAAGACAAACGUCCCUCGAGCAAACUGCAAUAAAAUCAUAAUGUUAUUUACGGACGGCGGGGAGGACAGAGCGCAGGAUAUCUUCGUGCAGUACAACUGGCCUAAUAAAACCGUUAGAGUAUUUACCUUCUCUGUCGGUCAACACAACUAUGAUGUCACGCCCCUGCAGUGGAUAGCAUGCACAAAUAAAGGUUACUAUUUUGAGAUCCGCUCCAUCUGCGCCAUAAGGAUUAACACCCAGGAGUACCUGGACGUGCUGGGUCGCCCCAUGGUGCUGGCCGGGGGUAUCGCCAAGCAGGUGCAGUGGACCAACGUCUACCAGGACGCCCUGGGUCUCGGCAUGGUGGUGACCGGUACUCUGCCUGUCUUCAAUCUCACUAUGGAUGGAAACUCACAGAACCAGUUAAUCCUUGGGGUUAUGGGAGUCGAUGUACACCUUGAUGAGAUCAAGAGACUUACUCCACGAUAUAAUCUUGGUGCCAAUGGAUACAUAUUUGCCAUUGAUCCAAAUGGAUAUCUUCUACUACACCCUAAUCUUCAGCCAAAGCUCGAUGACCUCCCAGAGCCGGUGACUCUGGACUUCCUCGACGCAGAGGUGGAAGACCCCAACAAAGAGGAGAUACGUAGACAGAUGAUUGACGGCAGGCCGGGGGAAAUGCAGAUUAAAACGCUUGUGAAGUCGAUUGAUGAGCAAUACAUUGAUGAUGCUUACAGGGGGUACACCUGGACACCCAUAAACGGCACAGACUACAGCCUGGGCCUGGUAUUACCCCCCUACAAUGAGUACUACAUCCAGGCAGACCUGAGUGACGUGAUGCUCCAGCUCCAGUAUCUGCAGUCUUUGUUGCCCAGCUCAUUUGAAUCAUCAGGACAUGUGUUUCUGGCUCCAAGGGAAUACUGCAAGCGUCUUCAACUUUCCGACAACAAUACACAGUUCCUGGAGAACUUUCUCUCUCUCAUGAUGGACAUCACACUAGAAUCUGAGGACUGUGACCAAGGCAUCAUCCACAACCUCAUUCUGGAUUCUGGCAUCAUUGGACAGCUGGCCUCCAGAGUGUGGAAGAACAAAGAUAUACAUUCGUAUGGCUUCCUGGCGGUAUUUGCCUCCACAGAUGGUGGCGUGACCAGGGUGUUCCCCAACAUGGCUGCUGAGUCCUGGCAGGAGGAUCCAGAGCCCUUCAACUCCAACUACUACAGACGCAGCCUGGACAACAAGGGCUACAUGUUCAGAGCUCCUCAGAGAUCCUCCAUGGAUGACAUCGGGGCAGAGAAUGGCACCAUCGGAAUCCUACUCAGCUCUGCUGUGGAGGUCAAUCUAGGUGGCAAGCUUCUCAAACCUGCAGUGGUCGGGGUGAAACUCGACCUGGAAGCAUGGGUGGACAAGUUCAAGAUCCUGGCCAGCAAUGUGUCGGAGAGCCGCCAGGGGUCACAAAAGUGCGGGCCUUCCAGAAGCUGUGAGAUGGACUGCGAAGUGAACACGGACGACCUGCUCUGUUAUCUGAUCGAUGAUGGGGGAUUCCUUGUCAUGUCCAAUCAGAGGGACCACUGGAAGAAGGUGGGCCUUUUCUUCGGAGACGUCGACCCCUACCUGAUGCACGCGCUCUACAACAACUCCAUCUACGCCCGCGUGCAGUCCUUCCAGUUCCAGUCGGCCUGUGAGCCAAUCAGCAGCAGCCACACGGGUGCUGCUGCAAGAGGCAUCUUUGUGCCCUCCAUUGCGGACAUGCUGAGUUUAGCAUGGUGGUCUUCAGCCGUGGCCUGGUCUGUGCUCCAGCAGUUGCUGUAUGGAUUGACCUACAACAGCUGGUUCCUCACAGACGACUCUGUGGUGGAGGGCUUCGAGACUAAGGACAGUAGCUGUGUGACCAUCCAAAGCCAGUUCUAUUUCACUAACACCACCAACUCCUACAACAUCCUGCAGGACUGUGGGAACUGCUCCAGGCUGUUCCACGCCAAGAGGAUAGAGAACACCAACCUGCUUUUUGUGGUGGCAGAGACGCUGCCCUGCAGCUCCUGUGAGAUCGAGAGGCUGACCCAGGUCCAGACGGAGUUCCGCGAGGAGAACCCAUGUGAAGUCCUGAGAGACGCCAGGUAUCGCAAAGGUCCACCGAGCUGCUUCGACUACAGUGCCUGGGAGAACACGUCUGAGUGUGGUCACGGUCUCUCCCUGCAGUCAUCUCUCGGAAUCAUUCUCCUCCUUCAGUUUACUCAGAAAAGUAUCAUUGAUUUCUUCUGAUUUGUUUGAUUACUUCGGAUACUAUUGAUUUCUUCAGAUUUGAUCCUGAGGUCUGUUGUCCUCGAGAACUUUGACCAAUUCCCGUCUGCGUCAUGUUUACCUGUUUUUACUCCAGCUCUGCUAGAAUCUUACAGGGUCAUACUGUGUAUGACGCCGAACCAAGCCACGCCUCAGCUCUGUUUCCAAUGAACACCAAGAUACAUUCCUCUGAUGAAUGGAUUUCACAUUUAUCAGAAUGGUUUUAGUCCAUGUCUUUUAAUUGCUUCCACUUAUAUUUGGUAUCUUCUAGAAGUGCUUCCAUGUGUUAAAUAAGCAGGCUUUAAGGAAUGAUGUGAAUGAGAGCGAAAUAUAAAGAUAUUGUGCUCAUUAUUUUUGUGACAUGCAGAUCUACAUGUUGAAUUGAUUGCCUAAAACAAUAUGAUACAAAACUUUGCAUGUAGUCGCUUUUAAACAGUGCAAUAACGCUAUUCUUAUCCAGAUGUUUUAAUUGUUGUGAUACCUUGGUGAACAUCAAUUAAUGAUUUAUUUAUUAAUUUACAGUGUUAUUAAUUUGAUAGGAAAAAAAAAGAUCAGCCCAUAUAUAUGUGGCCAGAUUUUCUCUAAUUGUAUUCCAUAACCCUAACCCUAUACCUUCCCUAUACCUUCCCUAACCAUGUACAUGUAUACACUAGCCCUAACAUGUAUACCCUAAACAUGUAUACCCUCACCCUAACAUGUAUACCCUUACCCUGACAGGUAUACCAUAACCCUGACAUGUAUACCCUAAACAUGUAUACCCUAUACCUUGCCUAACUCUGUACAUGUGUACCGUAACAUCGUACAUGUAUACCCUAACCCCGUACAUGUAUACCCCAUCACUAAACAUCUAUACCCUAACCCUAUACAUGUAUACCCUAAACCUCACACUAUUCCUAUACAUGUAUGCCCUAACCUUAUACAUGUAUACCCUAACUCUAUACAUGUAAACCCUAACCCUAUACAUGUAUACCCUAACUCUAUACAUGUAAACCCUAACCCUAUACAUGUAUACCUUAACUCUAUACAUGUAAACCCUAACCCUAUACAUGUAUACCUUAACUCUAUACUUGUAAACCCUAACCCUAUACAUGUAUACCCUAACUCUAUACAUGUAAACCCUAACCCUAUACAUGUAUACCCUAACUCUAUACAUGUAAACCCUAACCCUAUACAUGUAUACCCUAACUCUAUACAUGUAAACCCUAACCCUAUACAUGUAUACCCUAACUCUAUACAUGUAAACCCUAACCCUAUACAUGUAUACCCUAACUCUAUACAUGUAAACCCUAACCCUAUACAUGUAUACCCUAACUCUAUACAUGUAAACCCUAACCCUAUACAUGUAUACCCUAACUUUAUACAUGUAAUCUGAUGAGCUGCAUAUUGAUGGUACCGCUUUAGUCUCUUUUAUCUUGACACUAUUUGUCAAAAUGGAAGUUAUGCACUUGUACGCUUUUUUAUUUGGAAUGUAGCUUAUGACCAGCUUUUGGUGUCAUCUUGUGAUAUAUCUUGACUCUUUUGUGAUAUUAUAGCUAUUGCACAGGGAUAGAACAUCUAUCUACAUGCAUACAUUUUAAUGUACAUACAUUAACAAUGACCAUUGUUAUGUACAUUUGAAUGAGUUCGGUCAAACCUCAUUGGCUAGUGUACAUUUUUUGGCUUGAUUAAUAUGAAAUUUCCCUAUAAUAAUUAAGAAACAGCAAAUAAAAAGCGAUAACAAACAACUGCAGAGCAACAUAAGUUUAGACACAAAUAGACAACGACUUUGUCACCACCUUUGACAGGCAGUGGUAUCCCAGAUGUGGUAACUGAUAGCACCAGAAGACCACUAACAAAGCCCCAUAAACCAAACUGGCUCAUUUAGAUGUAUGUGUGGUAAACAGUGAAACUUUUAUUUUUAUCUUUUUUUGCAUUCAUUUUAUUCACAGUUUCGUCUUUUUGUUUUACAAUUUGCAGAACUAUAAUGUUGAGAUUUUUCGUCAGCCUGGUGUUUCACCCAGUAGUGCCUUCGUUGCACAACUAUCAAAUGGCAUCCACUCUCUGAUGUGGGAUGUGGUCAGUAACCCUGCAUGGGGCUGUACCACGGCCGGGGCCUCUACCAGGAGCCGUUACCCAGGGCUCUGCACCCUGGCGGGGUAUGCACAAUGCCGUGGUAUGUACCAGGCCGUGGUACAGCGCAUAUGGUUUCCCACAUUACAGAGGAAUAAGAGGAAACUUGUACAGGAGUACAUUUACAACAAGUACAACAUUUAGAAAAUGGCAGCGUUGGAAUAACCGUUCAUAACUGCUCUCUCCUCUCUUUAACAUGCUUCCGUCUUCUCUUUUGAUAAAACAAAGUCGAAAAUGUCUUCAGACUUUUUUGGAGCUAGAGAACGUCUUUUCUCUGUACACUGGUUCAGCCAUGACUCAAAGCACACACACUGUCCCCCUUCGUACGUUUGUAAUUCAUCCCACUGCCACACACACUUGUAUAUUCUUAUAUUGUUGAAGCCUGUUUGAAAAGUGUAUUUCCCAUACAAUGGACUGGAUUGAGUGAAUGUGUAUGUAGCUGCUCAACUCAAGCAUGAAGGGAUGUGAGAUCUGCUUUCAGAUCAGUCUUUAAAGCACAAUGCUAUUUGGAGUCUGUGAAGCAUUGUUUAAAAAAUGAAGCAUCUCAUGUCAUUUGCAGGCUUUACUUGACGUGAUAAUGCAUUUACAGAACAUCACAGUACAUUGUAUUAAGGAAUUUUGUGAAAUUCCAUAGCCUACAAUGUAUUGAUAUUGUUGAGGUCAGUGUUGUAUUUUGCUUUGUAGUACUUUACCUGCAUGAUACCUUGGGAACUUUUAAGAUUUAUGUAUCAUUUGACAGCUAUUUUACAUGUCACAUUUAGCUCUUUAGUAUUGCAGAGACAUCGAGUCAUGCCCAUUAAGGAUAUUUUGAUUGAUGUUAGGAUUUAGAGGGAUGUACUGUAACAAAAGAGUAACUUUGAAAGUUUGACUUCAGUGAAGCCCAAUUUACAGUAUUUAUAAAGCUUUUUAGCUUUGUUCAGCAAGUAAAAGCACAUAAUGGUGGUCUAGAAUUGAGAGCAACCUACUGCCGAACAACUCGUUUAUUUAGAAUAGGACUUCCCUCCAGGUGGCACAACAUUGAAUAUGAUUAAUGGCUAUUAUGCUGAUUAUUAUUGGUAUUAUGAUUAUAUAUGUAUUUAUUUUUUCCAAUUCCAAGGCUUGAAAUGUGAAGGGUAAUUGUCAGAAGUUUGAAGAAGAGCAAGAUGAAAAUCGAUGACCUUUGUUGUCAAAGUAUUCAGUUGGUGUCUCCUUUCAAUUAGUAUAGGUGUAUACUAAUUGAAAAGAAUAUAUUAACUAUUUUAUGAUUGGAAUGUUUAUAAAGUUUGCUGGUGUCACUGAGCAGUUUAAAUUAAAACUGAUCAUGCCAUUCAAUUUACUAGGAAAGUUUGUUUUACUGUAACUUUGCUUUUGACAAUAUCGUAGGAACUUACUCUAUUUGUGCCAGUUUCUAACGUCAACUCAUUUUGUACAAACUAUACAAAGCAGCCUGCGGCAAGCUUUGUUACGUUUUGUCAGCCAACCGUUAACUGUUUUUAUCGGGUAUUGGUGAAUAAAUGCAAUAUUUUUCACUUCA